AUGUCUGGCAAAUCGUCGACCGAGCUCGAGAAUGAGGAUCACGAGCAAAAGAAAGACCAGGAACUUAAAACAAGCCAAAGUGAAAAGCGCGAGCAGAUUGAACAAGAAGUCUUCAACUUCAAUCUCUGGUGUGAUCCCAAGCAUGGGCCUGUGAGACCACAUGAAAGAAUUCCUGGGGCACCCGCUCUAUCUGUCACGUUAGAAUGUUCCCCGACAUUCAAGCCCAACAAGAACGAUUUUAAAAUCCUAUUGCGCGUCACCUAUGAGGGUAUCGCCGGGCCUAACGGCAGCGUGGAAAAAGCUACAAAGCCUAUCACCUUCCGAUGCUUUUCGGUCUUCGGCCUUACUGAGGAUGUUAACCGGCACGGACUCCGUCUCUAUCUCCGCCGGCCUGUCGCGGCCGAUGAUGAAGGAGACUGGGAAGAGUGCAUCCAGGACGAGGAUGGAUGCUUUCGUCUCUACGACGCUCCUGAUGUUUCUGCCUCUGUAGCAACAGACGAAGACUUCACGAGCCUAUUCCCGGGAGAGUCGUGGACAAACUACAGGAUAUUUGAUUCAACUCUCCCUGACAAACUAAUCCCCGGCGACGUUUUCUGCUGCGGAUACAAGGGUGGACUGGUGGACUGGUGGAACUGGGGUUCUUCGGAAGAUCAUGCCAAGACGGUCGUCCAAGUGCCAUCGUAUAUUGCGGGUAAGGUCACCAACCCUAGCGAUAAUGAGGGACGACCGGAGAUUAUUGUGCCAGCGUCAAAGCCUGUGAUGUUCAAGAUAGUUGAAUGA